UGAAAUUUGCCCCACCCGAAGAGGGACCACUUGGAGACGAGAGGGAAGAGAUUGUCCGUAUUGUUGAAGAAGAAGCUGUCAUGGAGGAGGAGGAGGAGGAGCUCAGAGAUGAAGUUCAGAGUCAGUCCUCUGCUUCUUCGGAGGAUUACAUCAUCAUCCUGCCUGAGUGCUUUGACACCAGCCGCCCCCUGGGGGACUCCAUGUACAGCUCUGCCCUCUCACAGCCAGGCCUGGAGCGAGGGGCUGAAGGCGAGCCUGGGGUUGAGGCUGGGCAGGAACCUGUCGAGGCUGGGGAGAGACCCCCUGGAGGGGAGAACCAGCCACAGGGGCACAGCAUCAAUGAUAUCCUUAUGACCUCACAGACUCUGGACACAGUGCCCCUGACCCCAGAGGUGGUAGGGCCUUCGCCACGGCUGCCCAGGAGUCCUCCGUAUGCACAGCAUCAUGGUUCCCCAGGAGUGGAUUUACCAGUUACCGUACCAGAAGUUUUUUCAGUCCCUGAUCAGAGCAGAGGAGAGCUCAGAGGCUCAUCAGGACUUGUAAACAGCAGACAGAAGAGCUCUGACCACUCAAGGCACCACCACGGGAGCAGCAUUGCUGGAGGGCUGGUGAAGGGGGCUUUGUCUGUUGCCGCCUCUGCAUACAAGGCCUUGUUUGCUGGACCACCAGUCACUGCACAGCCAAUAGCUUCCGAAGAUCAGACAGCAGCCCUGAUGUCCCAUCUCUUUGAAAUGGGAUUCUGUGACAGGCAGCUAAACCUAAGGCUGCUGAAGAAACACAAUUACAACAUCCUGCAGGUUGUGACAGAGCUCCUUCAGAUCAACAACGACGACUGGUACAGCCGCCGCUACUGAGGAGUGACCUCGUAUUCAAUAACUUUGCCUGCUGCUCGGAGACGAUCUUUAUUCUGUCUUGGGGGUGUGGGGUGGAGGCCCGUGCUUAUUUUUGAAUCUGAUGAAUCUACAUAGAGCCCAUCACUGAACUGUCAAGACAAUACCUGCCUUGCGGCAUUUUUUGGAGCAAAUGAAAGGCCGCAACUUAAACCUUCACUUUAGACGUUAGAUGAAUUGUAGGAAGAGCGUUUUUCACUUGAUCUGGGUAAAACUCUUCUCCGUUUUAGUGCACUGACAAGUGCAACUUAAACUUCCUAUAGAACCCUUUUUCUUCCUGCUUGUACUGAAGUUGAGUAUUUUUCUUUGCUUAAUUGUGGAUGUUUUUAAUGAGGAUAUCUGUUAAUUGUCAGCUUAUAAAAGAAAUUAACCUCGCAAGUUGUUUUCAAGAAUUACUCUCAUAAUUUUUCUAACCUAUCCCAAGCUUCAGAGCUGUGUGGUAUUAAAAUAACACCCAGGGCGCGCACGAUAGGAGUUUUGUUCCUCUUCCCUUCUCAAGGAGAAAGUCGUUCCCCUGCAAGUCUUAGUAACGGGCACUGCUGUUUUUCAAAAGACCCCCAGUGAUGCGUUUAGAGUACAUCCACCUUCCGGUCUCUGCACUUCUGAGAAAGGAGCGGGGAGUGUGCGCAUUAACCCAGCAGCACCUGUUGAGCAGUGUCUGUUGUAGCAAUUUUGCAUACAUUUUAUUUUAUUUAAGGGAAAAAAUGUAGGUAGUGUGAAAUAUUUUGCUAAUGCUACGAAGAAGGAAAGAAACUCUUCUAUUAAAGGGAAAAGUAAGUUUAACAGUUACCCUUUUUCUUUAUGUCGGGGGGGGGCAGGUCUUCUUUACAGUAGAGUGGGCGGGGGUGUAUAGGAACAUGAGAAAAGUGAAAGGCAGGCUCCUGUGUGAAUCAUGUCAGUGAAGUUCAGGGGUGGGCAAAUGAGUGGGUGUGAGGCUUAGGACAUCCUGAUGGCCUCCUGAAUGUUUGCAAUCUGUUCAGGAGAACCUAGAACAAGAGAAAGAGGCUGGUGUUUUGCAAGACUUGGAUGGGAGCAAACUCACUGAAAAAGUUUUGGUUUAACCCCAGGGUACGCGAGCGGGAAGGAGCUUGCUUUACAGGGGUCCUGGUCCUCGCUCUGUUUUACCAGAAGGGAGUCUUGGGUACAGCUGGUAAAGAGGUGUGACAAAAAACACUACAGAUUAUAGUCAUAAAAAUUACUUGCAGAAAAAGAAGAAUCUGACCCCCAGCCUGAAGGGGGAAGGAUAGCAAAAUAGUAUUACUUAACCUGGUUUGGCAUUAUAAUGAAUGGUGAUUUAAAUUAAUCAUUGGCCAUAAUGAUGUUUAUUUACAGUAUAGCUCUUGAAUGCUGUUAAAUAAGCCAGGAUUCAGACUGCAAGCCAACCAGCCUGUUUAUUAUUUAAAACGUUUUUAUGGGGGUUGGGGGUGGGGGGUGGGCUUCUGGGUAGAGGCUGAGCGGCAGGGUGUGUGUAAUUAAUUCGGUUGAUUUGGGACGGGAUCUUGUCUUGACCAUGUGAGUUGUAUUGUAGGGGUCCAGGAGGGCCCUGGGGUCCAGUCGUCUGUCCCAUUGUACUUGUACCUAACCGCUUCAAGAAUGGUGAAAUAAACUUUGAAACUCCUA